AUGCCAUCUUCCCAUACCUUUUAUGCUUCUGUCUCUCUCGCCUCUCUUCUCCCGCUCUGCAUCUUGCCGGCAUCCUCCUCUACAAGAAGACCGCAUUGCCAGCGUAGACAUGCAACGUGGACAGCUAUCAAGAAAGGUAGUUACAAGGGUCAACGCCGCAGUCAGCUUAUGAUGUGCUCUCCCGCCCCCCUCGUCCCCUCGUCACCCCCGUCUCCCGCGGUGUGGUUGAUACUCGACCGCCAUGCCCCCAUGUGGCACCACGAUGAACCCCAUUGGGAGGGGAACGGGAUGUUGCAGGGUUAUUGGUUGGUUGUGUUUGGCCGCGAUGCCCGCGGCCGGAACCCGACCUUUUUGUGGCCCGCUGGUGUGUACUCCUACGUGCCGUCUAUCAACGUCGCGCUGUUGGGCCUCACUUGCUUCUUCUCCUGGGAUACUCCCGACGCCGUAGGCUAUUGUAUCCACAUUCAAGACUUCUUGAGGAUAGCUCUAUCCGUUGAUUUUUUUCAACUUUGUCUCGUUCACUUGAACGAGAGACGAGACCAGGGGCAUCAUGCAGCCGUUCGCAUUAGCACUUUGCCGCAUGUGAAGGAACGUCUGAAGGAAUGCUUUGCAGACCGAGAGGCUCAGGCAACAGCAUUUCCGUCUUUGAGCGAGGACAACAGCUGGCAUCUGAGGUGGGCGAGCUGGGUCCUAGGCCUCCGAUUCUGGAACGGCGUGGGCCAGCGGGGACUACUGGCCGAGAUCGGCUUAGCGCAGGGUCCUCCGCUUAUCUGA